ACUCGGGUCAUAUUGAGCACUGCCUUGGAUAUCAAUCGUCAUAUGACCUAUUCUGUCGAGUUUGCAAAGCUUGGGCCAUAUUAGUCUGCGCCAAAGUAGUUUCGUGGAGUGAGCGUGUGCAGAUAGUCCUUAGCUAUCACAUUGUUUCGGGACCUGUAAAUACUCCCAUCAAAUAAUACAAAAUGUCGAGUACACACCCGGCUUACUCUCCCUUCUUUGGAGUUAUGGGAGCGGCUUCAGCUAUAAUCUUCAGCGCAUUGGGAGCUGCGUAUGGAACAGCUAAGUCAGGAACGGGUAUCGCAGCCAUGUCGGUGAUGCGGCCCGAGCUGAUCAUGAAAUCCAUCAUUCCCGUUGUCAUGGCGGGUAUUAUAGCCAUUUACGGGCUGGUCGUGGCAGUCCUGAUUGCGGGUGCCCUAGAUGAGGGCAACUACUCCCUAUACAAAGGGUUCAUCCACUUGGGAGCAGGUCUAGCGGUAGGGUUCUCCGGUUUGGCCGCAGGGUUCGCCAUAGGCAUCGUGGGAGACGCCGGCGUCCGCGGCACAGCGCAGCAGCCUAGACUAUUCGUCGGAAUGAUCCUGAUCCUCAUUUUCGCCGAAGUGUUAGGUCUGUACGGCCUGAUCGUCGCCAUCUACCUCUACACUAAGUAAAUAUACAGCACGCUCACCUCCCGUCGCCGCCCCGGGCCGCCGCGCCAGACGCCAGCCCGCGCGGAGGGCCGGGGCCCCUGUAUACUGUAUAGUACUGGUAUAGUCCUGCGGGCGCCCGCUCGCGGCGUCGCCCCGGUGCUGCGGCCGCGCCGCGCCGAGCCGCGACCGCACGAAUAUCAAUCUAUUUUGUAAUCCGUUUCGAAAACCGAUCACGAGAUGCUCCCGCGCGAUGACUUUUUAAUUUAAUUUAUUGCCGUAUUUCAUUUUCGGUGACAGGGGGACCGGCUUAACCUAUCAACAUAUCAAUUUUAUUUGCGCGUUCAGAUCUCCGCGAAAACGUCAUCGUACAAUCUGAUAUCACUUCUAGAUUAUUUUAGCAUUAAGGCGAAACUAAUUUACAGUUAGAGUAGGAAUUUAUGUCCGAGAGAUGUUAUCUUAAAAUAAUUUAUGAACCGUUAAACCCCCAGGUACUGUGUACCGAUAUUCGAGAUGAUAAGGUCUAACCUGGCUUAUGUAUUACAACCGAAUAGCUUUCAGUGUUAUAGUGGAUGGAUGUGUCCUAAUUUGAACUGUUAUGGCCCAUGAAUGUCAACCGUUUCUUGAGUGACUUAAAUAUAGUCACUAAUAUUGUAUUGCCAGGAAUCAAUGAAUAAACAUGAUUUGUACAUUCCA